AUGGCUGUGCCUGGGAGCCUGGCUGUGCCUCCUUGCAAAGAGACCCUGCAGCUGGGGGACAGUCGCGAGUCUUUGGGCUACGAUAGUGCUCUGGAGGACGCACAGUGCCCCUACCCACGGGAGAAGGAUCACCCAGGAAAAAGCGCCGAGAAGUCAGCCAGUGACGAGGAUAGCCAAGGAAAAAGCCCCGAGAAGUCAGCCAGGGACGAGGAUAGCCAAGGAAAAAGCCCCGAGAAGUCAGCCGCCGAGGAUAGCCCAGGAAAAAGCCCCGAGAAGUCAGCCACAGAGGAUAGCCGAGGAAAAAGCCCCAAGAAGUCAGCCACAGAGGAUAGCCGAGGAAAAAGCCCCAAGAAGUCAACCACUGCCGGGCCACUUGUCAGCGGACAGAAGCUGAAGGAUCUCUUGAAGGUUCAUGGCAGUUUCAAAGCGCUUGAGAUGCAAGUCCGGAAGAUCAACGUGGCCUCCUAUGCUAAGUCCAAAGGUGGCAGAUGGGUGACAAAGCAUUACUUGACCACAGUGGAGCACUGGACCCCGCCCAGAACUCAGCAUAUGGAUCGGCACUUCAUUUUCAAAGCCCUAUCUAUAUAUGCGACCAUGAGCUUUAAUGUUAAAUUGUGUAAUGAGGAAGAUGGUGCAGGCUGCCUGGACAUGGGCGGCAAACACCAAGAACUUACGACGAAGUUGUGUUCAUGGUGA